AUGACGACGCUCGAAAGCUGGCCAGACAGCAAGCGCUGGCAGGCGACGCUCGUUGCGUGUUUCUUUACCUUGAUCACCACUCUCACGGCCACAGGGUAUCCACUGUGCGAUGAGGCCAUCACGAGCGCCUUUGACGUCUCGCACACCACAUUCGUGCUUGGCAACACCAUGUAUCUGCUUGCCAUUGCCCUGGUGCCCCUCGUGCUGGCACCCCUGAGCGAAGACUUUGGUCGGAGGCCCGUCUACAUAGCAACGACGCUGGUCUAUGCCGUCUGCUUCAUUCCGCAGGCCCUGGCCGACAACAUGGCCACGAUCAUUGCCACACGCUUCUUCUGCGGUGCUGCGGGCAGCAUCGGCAACUCGCUUGCCGCCGGCGUCAUCUCGGACUGCUUUGCACCCGCAUACAGAGGCCUGCCACUGUACGUCUACUCGACCUCCGUCUACAUCGGCCAGGGCAUCGGUCCGGUUGCCUACGUGGCUACAGGGACCUUACAAGGGUGGCGCAUUGCCUUUUGGUGGAAUGGAGCGGCGGCGCUCGUGGCCUUUGUCGCCGUCGUCGCUCUUUUCCCCGAGACGCGCCCGCCUGCCGUGCUGCCUCCUUCAGAAAAAAGGUCCAAGGUUGCUCGCGCUGCCACCUCGACUACAGUUGCCCUCACGAUGCUGCUCACCCAGCCCGUCAUCGGCAGCAUCUCCCUCUGGUCUGCCCUGCUAUGGGGCAUCAACUACAUGGCCUUUGGAGCGAUUCCCUUGACCUUUGCACAAGCGUACGGCUGGUCGCUCCUGCAGCAGUCGUUUGUCUUUCUCACCAUGCUUGUCGCUGCCCUGGCAGGAUACGUGUGCCACGUGCACCAAGAGCAUAUUCAAGCGAGCGACCCGGAGCGCAUCGAGCUGCGGCUUCGCUACGCCUGCGUCGGCGCACUGCUGGCUCCCGCGGGGUUGUUCAUCUUUGCGUGGACGGCAAGGGCAUCCAUCACGCCCGUUGCACCAGUCAUUGGCGUGCUCCUCUUCAACACAGCCAUCUUUCCCAUCUACCAGGCCAUCUUCUCCUACCUCUCAGAGGUCUACGGCGAUCGAUCUUCGAGCGCAGUGGCCGCCCAGUCGUUCUUGCGCAACCUCUUUGCAGCAGUGCUACCCCUCUUGAACAGGCACAUGUAUGAAAAUCUAGGCUCCCCAUUGGCGACGACGACUCUGGCCGCGCUCGCCACAGUCUUUAGCACGGUGCCCUUUGUCAUUGUACGGUACGGCCCCGUGCUGCGAAGGAAGACCAUUGAGAAAUAGAAUUGGAACGUCGCUGUGCUACUGUGUCGUGUGGUCCUCGAUGGUCCUUGUGGG